GCACUUCCAUUUCGUGUCUUCUAUUACCGAGUGUGAUUCCGUUCAUUCAUUUUUCUCCGAUCCUCCUGCUUCGGUUUUAGGGUUGUUUCUUUCCCAUUGCAUUGCAAUGGCGCUGUUCCUUCUCUACGAGUCAGCUUCGGGUUACGCUCUCUUCGAAGCUCACGGCCUCGACGAAAUCGGUCAGAACACGGAGGCGGUUCGGAACUCGGUUUGGGAUUUGAACAGGUUCGGCAAAGUCGUCAAGCUUCGCUCCUUCAACCCUUUCACCUCCGCACUCGACGCCCUCAAACAGUGCAACGCCGUUUCCGAAGGCUUGUUGACUGAUGAAUUGAGAACGGUUUUGGAAACUAACUUACCGAAAGUGAAGGAAGGUAAGAAAUCGAAGUUCAGUUUAGGUGUAUCAGAUCCUAAGAUUGGUUCUCAGAUUUUUGAAAUCACUAAAAUUCCUUGCCAAAGUAACGAGUUUGUGAGUGAGUUGCUUCGCGGUGUGCGCCUCCAUUUUGAUAGGUUUGUCAGUGAUCUCAAGUCUGGGGAUUUGGAAAAGGCUCAGCUUGGUCUGGGGCAUAGUUACAGCAGAGCGAAGGUGAAGUUCAAUGUUAAUCGAGUUGACAAUAUGGUCAUUCAAGCGAUUUUCCUUCUUGAUACACUUGAUAAGGAUAUCAAUUCCUUCUCCAUGAGAGUCAGAGAAUGGUAUUCUUGGCAUUUUCCGGAACUGGUGAAGAUUGUAAAUGAUAAUUAUCUGUAUGCCAAAGUUGCAAAAUUUAUUGAGGAUAAAUCAAAGGUGUCUGAAGACAAGAUUUCAACCUUAACUGACAUAGUUGGUGAUGAAGAUAAAGCAAAGGAGAUUGUGGAAGCUGCCAAGGCCUCCAUGGGACAGGAUUUGUCCCCAGUGGACUUGAUUAAUGUCAAACAAUUUGCACAGAGGGUGAUGGACCUGUCUGAGUACAGGCGGAAGCUGUAUGAUUACCUGGUUGCUAAAAUGAACGACAUAGCACCAAAUUUGGCCUCCUUAAUUGGUGAAGUUGUUGGAGCGCGAUUAAUUUCUCAUGCAGGUAGCCUCACAAAUUUAGCUAAAUGCCCCUCUUCAACUCUUCAAAUUCUUGGUGCAGAGAAGGCUCUGUUCAGGGCAUUAAAAACAAGAGGAAACACUCCCAAAUAUGGUCUGAUAUUCCACUCUUCUUUUAUUGGUCGAGCAUCUGCCAGAAAUAAGGGCCGAAUAGCUCGCUAUCUUGCUAAUAAAUGUUCAAUUGCAUCACGGAUUGACUGCUUUUCUGAAAGGGGCACUACUGCUUUUGGGGAGAAACUACGUGAGCAAGUUGAGGAGCGACUUGACUUCUAUGACAAGGGAGUUGCCCCUCGUAAGAACAUAGAUGUCAUGAAGUCUGCUAUUGAAAGUGUUGAAAACAAAGAUACAGUGAUGGAAACAGAAGAAGUGCCUGUUGAAGUUUCAGGCAAGAAAGCCAAGAAGAAGCGUAAGUCUGCCACUACAGACAAUGAUAACAUGGCUGUAGAUAAGCCCGCAGAGACUACAAACGGUGAUGCAUUGGAGGAUCAUAAGUCUGAAAAGAAGAAGAAAAAGAAAGAAAAGAGGAAAUUGGACCAUGAGGUGGAGAUUCAUGAUCAAGCCAUUGAUGAUGGUGCUAAUGGGGUUGAAAAUGAGCAAGAUGGAACAGUUAAAAAGAAAAAGAAAAAGGAUAAAAGGGUCGAUAGUAGAGAAGUAUUAGAGGCUGCUACUGAGACUAAGAAAAAGAAAAAGAAAUCAAAAAGUAAAGAUGUUGAGUAAACUAUGGAGAGUAAUUUUAACUGCUGAAAUCGCGUUUGUAAUGUUAUUAUUUUGGAUAACUUUAGAAGCCUUUUCUGCUUUGAACUUCUCUCAGUUGCUGGGCAUGUCUAGCUUUGUGUUGACUGCACAUUCAGCAUUCAAAUUUUGUUCCAGUGAGUUU